CAAAAAAUAUAUGCUAAGGUUGGUAGCCCUAGUCACCUGUCAAGUGUCAACUGUUAAAUGUCAUUCCACCACCAAUUUUUUUUGUAUUUUAUUUUUUUACCGUUGAAAACCAAAUUCGGCAUAAUAAAAUGGAUAACGUAUGCCGAACCUGUCUCCGGGUCCCCACUAACUUAACCCCCCUGUAUGUCAAUUCGACCUUGAUCAGCAAAAUCGAAACAAUCGCCUCCAUUCAGGUAAUAAAGGACGACAACUACCCUUCCAACAUAUGCCAGGAGUGCAUAACAAACGUAAACAUUUUAUAUAACUUUCGCAGAGUGAUAAUUAACAGCGACAAAGAACUGCAAGAACGUGCAGCCACCUUAGAGCGCUUGAAAAAGAGCAGUCCUCAAAAAGCCGCGGAAACUAGCAAAACACCAAUCGUUAAAAAGGAGCAUUUUGAUCCACUUUAUGUUGAAAUGGCUCCACUGGACCCAAGUAGCGAAUCUUCAAGCCAGACUCAAGAUGAGCAAGAAUGUGAAACUGAUGUGAAAGAAAGCGUGAAAAAAGCGAUGGCAGACAUGAAAAGGUGCAAAUGCAAUAUAUGUGAUAAAACUUUUCCUUCGAGGUUCAAAUUGUAUAGUCAUAAAAGGACAGAACAUGUGGCGCCUGGUGUGUGUAAUGUUUGUGGCAUGGUGGUUAGGUCAGAUAAUUUGAAAAGACAUAUUCAGCUGCAUUUAGCGCAGCCUGUUGAAUGUAAAGAUUGUGGGAAGAUUUUUAAGAAUUCAGAAUCGUUGAGGGGGCACAUGUUGAUUCACAAGGGGGUUAUUUAUACAUGUGAGAUUUGUGGCAGGAUGUGUAAAGUAAAGUCUGAGUAUAAGAGGCAUAUGAAGAGUCAUGUAGAUCCGGAGAUUGGUAAAGUCAUGUGUACGCUGUGUGGUAAGAGAGUUAGAGAUAUGAAAAAGCAUAUGCACAGUCAUACAGGAGAGAGGCCUUAUUCGUGUGUUUAUUGUAUGAAAGGGUUCACCAGUACUUACUCACUCAAAGUACACACAAGGCAACAUACCAAUGAGAAGCCCUACAUUUGUGAAUACUGUCCCAUGGCUUUUCCACAGAAAGUGUCGCUUCUUACACAUAUAAGAUCCAAACAUACUUCGUAGUUUUAAUUUUUUACGUGAUUAAUAAAAGACUUAUGUACA